ACGAAACCUAUCUCUGUGAAUCUGCUGCUCAGUCUGAUAGGGUGUUUCACAAUGGCAGAAGCACCUUUUGAAGAUAUGGAUUUGAUGAGCUGUUCAAUCUGUCUGGAUAUACUGAAGGAUCCGGUGACUACUGCCUGUGGACACAGUUACUGUAUGGGCUGUAUUAUAGAACACUGGGAUCAGGAUGAUCUGAAAGGUUUCUACAGCUGUCCACAGUGCAGAGAGACCUUUAUCCCACGACCUGUUCUGAACAGGAGCACUGUGCUGGCUGAAGUAGUGGAGAAACUGAAGAACAGAGGACUCCAGGCUGCUCCCCCUCCUGCUCACUGUUAUGCUGGACCUUUAGAUGUGGGGUGUGACAGCUGCAUUGGGAGAAAACUCAAAGCUUUCAAGUCUUGUCUGAUGUGUCUGGCCUCUUUCUGUGAGACUCACCUCAAACUUCACAAUGACCUCAACCGAGGAAAAAAACACAAGUUGAUUGAUGCCACUGGACAACUCCAGGAGAAGAUUUGCCCUCAUCAUGACAAACUGCUGGAGGUUUACUGUCGUACAGAUCAGCAGUGUAUAUGUCUGCUGUGUGUGAUGGAUGAACAUAAAGGCCAUGAUACAGUGUCAGCUGCAGCAGAGAGGACUGAGAAACAGAAGCAGAUGGGGGAAAACAGUCUGAAAUCCAUGCUGAGAAUCCAGGAGAGAGAGAAGGAGAUGCAGGAGCUGAGACAGGCUGUGGACUCUCUGAAGCGCUCUGCACAAGAGGAAUUGUCUGACAGUGAGAGGACCUUAACUGAGCUGAUCCUCUUCAUUGAGAGAAGGCGCUCUGAGGUGAACGAGCUGAUCAGAGCCCAGGAGGAGGCUGAAGUGAGUCGAGCUAAAAGGCGACUGCAGCAACUGGAACAGGAAGUGGCUGAGUUGAAGAGGAGAGAUUCUGAACUAAAGCAGCUUUCACACACAGAGGAUAACAUCCAUUUCCUCCAGAGUUUCCAGUCUCUCUGUGUUACUCCUGGAUCUGAGGCCAUACCCAGCAUCAGUAUCACAUUUGAACAAGCAAAGAAAUAUGUCUCUGACCUGAAAGAGAUCUGCAAGGUGGAAAUGGACAGGAUAUCCAGGAAAGAUGUGUUUAAAUCAAAUAAUAUGAUUAUAAUAUUUGUUUUUAUUAUUGUCUUGUUUCUAAUGUUUUUGGGGAGAGGGGGGGCGGGGGAUGAAUCAGCUUUAAUAUUGCAGAUAGAUUGGGACUUAUAUCAACGUAAUUGUCUGCAUCAUUUCCAAUACCCCACAUAUAUAUAUUUUAAAAACAUCAUCUUAAAUAUAUUUUCCUUUUUUAUUAAUUUCCCCAAACCCUACCACCACUCCCCUAACUGGAGUAAACUAAUGGACAGAAUACUUAGGCUUCCACUUCCAGCUUAUACAUAAUACAUACAUUUCACGGACACUGUAUUUGACAUUAGUUGUCUUUUGUUUGUUUUUACUCCCAUCCCUCAGCUACCCUCAACCUCUCCCAUCUACCUCUGAAGACCAUCCAGUUUUGGUUUCUAUUUUCCAUAUACAUUUCUCAUAUUCUGAACCUUUCUAAUCUCACAGUUUCUACAGAUUGUAAAUAUUAAAGAUAAACACCUUUGCGAA